UCUCAAUGCGACAACAACAAAAAAAAAUAAAAUAAAAAUAGCGCAGUGAAUGAGUUCUUCCUACUGAAAGCAGCAAAGAAAGACAUCACCAUAAAAAUCACACGCAUCAGAUCUCUUUCCCCUAUCUGUUAACACAAUGGCUCCUGUUGCUCCUCGAUCCGGCGAUGCAAUCUUCGCUAGCGUUGAGCACGUGAAUGCGGAGUUAUUUACGUUGACUUAUGGAGCAAUUGUGCGUCAGUUGCUUACGGAUCUUGAAGAAGUUGAGGAAGUUAAUAAACAGCUUGAUCAGAUGGGUUAUAAUAUUGGAGUUCGACUGAUUGAUGAGUUUCUAGCAAAAUCCAAUGUUUCCAGAUGUGUGGACUUCAAGGAGACAGCUGAUGUAAUCGCAAAGGUUGGAUUCAAAAUGUUCCUAGGGGUAGGUGCCUCUGUUACCAACUGGGAUGCUGAUGGGACAUGUUGCAGCAUUGUUUUGGAGGACAAUCCCCUGGUAGACUUUGUUGAACUUCCAGACACAUGUCAAGGUCUAUACUAUUGCAACAUCUUAAGUGGAGUCGUUAGAGGGGCACUAGAGAUGGUGUCAAUGAAGACUGAAGUGACAUGGGUUCGUGAUAUGCUUCGAGGUGAUGAUGCAUUCGAGUUGCAGGUGAAACUUCUAAAGCAAGUUCCAGAGGAGUACCCAUACAAGGAUGAUGAGUAACAUAAUUGGGCUUUUGGUGUGCUCUUUAUACAGUUUAUGCUCUUUAUUUCUCGUCUUUAUCUUAUGAAGAACAUAGAUUUUUCAACAUAUUGUCUUCUACUAAUGCUUAUUUACAUGAACGUUAAAUGCACUUAUUUUAGUAUUUGUAUUC